AUGCGGUCGUUACAGUCGUUGUUGCUCCUAGCUGGAGUGGCAGUCGCACUGACGCCUGAACAGUGGCGCUCGCAGUCAAUCUACCAGGUUCUCACAGACCGUUUCGCACUGACCAACGGGUCAACUACACAGCCUUGCGGAUGGGGUAACUACUGUGGAGGAACGUGGCAAGGCAUUGUAAACAAGCUAGAUUAUAUCAAGGGAAUGGGGUUCACAGCAGUGUGGAUCUCACCGGUAGUGGAGAACAUCCCUAACUCGAGAUAUGGGCAGCCAUACCACGGAUACUGGGCACAAAACAUUUACGCUUUGAAUACGAAUUAUGGAACUCAAGACGAUCUCAAAGCUCUCUCUGCUGCGCUGCAUGCCAGGGGAAUGGCAAUUGCCAAUCACAUGGCAUCAAGCGAGCCUCCGUCAGCUGUCAAAUACGACCACCUCUACCCAUUCAAUGAUGCCAAGUACUAUCACCCUUAUUGCCCUCUUGACUACAGCAACAAAACAAGUGUCGAGCAAUGCUGGAUGGGAGAUACAGUCGUGCCUUUGCCCGACUUGAGGACUGAAGAUGCUGCUGUUCAGCAGAGAUUCCAGUCAUGGAUCACACAGCUUGUAUCAAACUACUCCAUUGACGGCCUGCGUCUUGACAGCGCUAUGCAGACCGAUCAGCAGUUCUGGCCAGGUUUCGUGUCAGCUUCUGGAGUUUACGCGAUAGGCGAAGUCCUCGAUGGCAACCCAAACACUCUUUGCAAAUGGCAAAACUACAUGCCAGGAGCACUCAACUAUCCAGUCUACUACUGGCUUAUCCGAGCUUUCUCAUCCAAUACUGCUACCAUGAACGAGUUGGCGAACAACAUUCAGUGGCUCAACGCGACAUGCCAAGAUACCACACUGCUCGGCAACUUCAUCGAGAAUCACGAUCAAGCGCGAUUCCCAUCCAUCACGAAAGAUAUCGGGCUGACCAAGAACGUCAUUGCAUUCACAGUGCUCAACGAUGGAAUUCCAGUCGUCUAUCAGGGGCAAGAGCAAGGAUUCUCAGGAGCUACUGAUCCCUACAACCGCGAGCCGCUCUGGACUUCGUUCUACAGCACAAAGUCAACACUGUAUACAUUCUACUCGGCACUCAAUGGUGCAAGACGUUUGGCAAUCAACAAGGACAGCACAUAUGCCAGCUCCAAAUCGACUGUUUGGUACUCAGACGCACAAACGAUCGUGACCAGGAAAGGCGCCUCAAACGCCUACCUCAUCUCCUUGUUCACAAAUCGUGGCGCCGGCAACAAUGGCAACAUUAUUUUGCCAGCGGCGAAGACUGGCAUCCAGCCAGGCACGAAAUUCACCGAUCUUUUGAGCUGUGAAGUCUUCUCCGCAGACACCUCGGGCAAUCUCGCCAUUUCCAUCACCAAUGGUCUACCAAGAGCUCUGUACAUAACUUCAGCCUUAACCGGCAGCGACACCUGCGCGUACACGAACACCGCUCUCGCCUCAACACCCAAUCCAGUCCGAGUCCCAACAGCAACGACCGCCUCUCGAAUCAUCAGCUCCACAGCCCGCCCUCAAUCAUGCCAAACAGCUAGCACUGUCUCCGUCACCUUCAACCAGAAAGUCACAGCCAAAUGGCUCGAAAGCAUUUCCGUAGUAGGCUCAAUUCCUCAACUUGGCAACUGGAACCCUCCACAAGGUUUCAAUUUAUCGGCAGCGGGUUAUACUUCCACGUCGCCAAUCUGGAGUGGUACAAUCAAACUUUCUGCUGGCACGUUUUUUGAAUACAAGUUCAUCAAGUAUAAUUCUACUAGUAAUACUGCUCUGACAUGGGAGGCGGAUCCUAACAGGAAGUAUACUGUUCCGAGGAGUUGUGCGACGAGUGUGGUUGUGCCUGGAAGUUGGCAGGGAUAA